UUCGAUAAUCAUAAAUACUGUUUGCUCGGGUCAUCAACUGUCAAACGUAAUUAAUUUGUGCGAGUGCGGGGAAGCUUGUUUGUUUACACUGCAUUUAGAUUAAAAAGCGUUUUAUUUCUGGAUUUUUUAUCUCUUCCACAAUGAAUUCAGCCACAAAAGUGGGCGAAAUUUUCACCGCUGCCGGUGCAGCGUUCAAUCGUUUGGGCGAACUAACGAUGCAGCUGCAUCCGUCGUCAGAUUCUCCAACGGGGAGCAAAUGGACAGAUGAAGAAAUUGAAAUGCUCCGCUCGGCGGUGACCCGAUUCAGCGAAGAUUUGAACCAAGUCAGUCAACGGAUCAAGGGACGAACGGUGUCUCAAAUACGCCAAACUUUGAAGAAGAAAGCCUUCGAGGAUGCCGGGAUUCAGAUUAAGCAGCAACAGCCAGCACAACUUCCGCCAAUCAUACCGCCGCAGACACAGACCAUCUUGGUUCAGCAGCAGGGCAUCCAGCCAACAACCAGCGGAACCGAUCAGCAACCAACCCUGGUUGUGAAGCAGGAGGAUCACGAAUCGGGUGGGACGAGCAGCAAUGAUGCGACCGCCGGCGCUGGUUAUAUGAAUAAACCUUCCGAUAUGAUGAUGACCCUGAAUCGCCUCAACGUGCAAGAAUCGGAAGCCGACGUCGAGGGUUUGGCGUCGUCCGAAGUCAAGCUCGAAUUCGAACCCGGCCCGGAGGAGGUGGCCGGGUGAGAUGAGGUGCCCUUUUACUUUAGUGUCUCUCCACGACGAGGCUGAACGGUUCGUUUUGUAUGAAUGAUUGCUUAUGACAUGAUUUGCUUUGAUUUCGAAUUAUUUCGAAAAUUCGUCCUGUAGUCUGUUCUUUCUGGUUUUGGACGUCCAGAACGUCCAUUUAUCUGUGUGUGUAGACUGAAAUGUGCGUGACAAAUUGAACAUAAUUUAUCGGAAGGUUGAAAACGAUGUAUUGUGAGCGUCAGAAAACUUUCGAAUAUCCUAAAUAAUCAAAUAUUAUCUAAAUCUAAAAUAAUAAAGUCAAUCAAUAUACGUCAUAAA